AUGACGCGGGACGUCCGUUGCCGGCAACUCUUCAACACUCGCAAGGUGAUCGGCGCCAUCUACGCUGCCAGCUUCGAUGUCAGCGAUGAAUCACCAGAGCUGCCCUGCAAGCAGCCCCAGAUGAUCAGGAGUUUGCUGGGCGCACUAGCACCUGGCAACCCUUCAAGUGAAGGCAAGUGCUUCGUCUUCUCCUUGAAGCUGGAGCCCGAGCCCCUGGCGGCGAAGCUGAACUUGGCCUCCUGGCGCCGGCACCUGCCCGCCUGCGAGGCGGUGCUGAUCUCGGACAGCAACGCAGCGGCCUCAGAGAUCCAGCCAUGCGACAGGGUUCGAGACUGGGUGCCGGAUGUGCCUUCGGAGUACUUCAAACUUCCUGGCCCGGAGGAGAAGCUCGACUUCCUGAGGAACCGCGGUCAUGUGUUGCGGGACUUUGGCUUGGAACUUGGAGCGGUCCAGGAGAUUGUGGCUGCUGACAGCCUUGCAGAGAUCCUCGAGCUGGCCGCCAAAGUCGAUUUACUCUCGCUGCUUGGGUUGAAACCCGCGGGCUUAGGGAGACAGAAGCUCGGGAUGGAGACAGGCGGGGGCGCCUUCCAGUCCAACAUCUUUUUGGGCGGCAAGCGCGCCCGGGCCCCGGGAAACGACUUUCCGCAGUCGGCCACUAGCCCUCGGGCUGACACUUUGAAGGGCAGCCAGUACCACGGAGUCACCUGGAGCUUGACCAAGGAGGCUGUGACCAAGCACUGUCCCCUCGCUGCGGGGGACGUCCCUGUGGACUCCGAGUGUCUCUCUGAGCAGCGCUCCAUUCGGCCGGGCUACUUUCAGUUUGUGCUGGACCAUAAGCCCAAGCUCUUCGCCUGCAAAGCUCAGCUGGUUGUCACCGCCCCUCCUGGAAAUAUGCGUUUUAAUGCAAUGAGGCUGGCCGACGCAGAGGCGUUCUUCCGGCAAGAGAGGCAUUCCGAGCUGAUGAACAGGACUGCUUUCUUCAUCCCCUUCUCAGAUGCUGGUCAGCGGUCAUGUGAAGGCUUCUUCGAAACCGACACAGCAGCUUGUCCAGCAGAUGGCAAGUGCCACACCUGGUUCAGGAACACGGCGCAAGACGGCCUCGAGACGGAGAUCGCGGUGAAUUCUGAGCGAUCAGUACAGAAGCGCUUGAAGGAAGACUUGGCGAUUACACACCGAGAUUCUUUGUACGAGGUUCUCACCCGCAAGGAAGGCCGCGCCUUCGUUGCGGACGUGAACCCUGGUGAUGCCGUGCGCACGUACAACGCCGUGCUGGCAGCCAUAGACUUAUUCACCGCAAAGCAGCAGCGUGUCCUGCAGGCGGAGAACUUCCUGCUGCGGCAGCUGCACGCGCAGCAGGAGCGACAGAAAGCUCAGGCCAAAGCAAAAGCAGCUGAAGCAAAGAAGGUGUCAAAGGACACACCUUCAGCUGCCCCUCGGCCACGGUCCAAGGAGGAAGCUCCUGCCAAAAGGUCGCCGCGCCGGAGAUCCCCAGAGCGCCCCAAAAGUCCACAGCGGGCGCCCAGUCCGCAGCGGGCGCCCAGUCCGCAGCGGGCGCCCAGUCCGCAGCGGGCACGAAGUCCACCGGCACGCAGUCCGCCGGCACGCAGUCCGUCGCAUCCAUCCAGUCCGCCAGAGGCAGCAGCCGAGCGGCAGAGGAGCGAGUCCCCUGAUUGGAUCCCGCGGACGCCGCCGGCAACACCUCCACCGGAGCCGAGGAAGACGACAGGCAGCUGGACGACAUUGUACGAUGAGGACAAUGGCACACGAGCCAGGCCAGCCGCCUCCAAUGAUGACGGCAGCGUUGGCGGAGGUAGAAGCCGGAGCAGUCGAAGCUUGUCCCCGGAGUAUGAUGCCUUUGCAACAGGACCAGAGCCGCUGACAUCGCCUCUCCGUGAGAGGCAACACGAUGAGGAGUCUGCGGCAGAGCCAAGUGGACUUUCUGCGCACAAAGAACCGACUCGCAGCCCCCGACGGUCACGUGACAGGUCGGACUCUGCAACCUCCAAGGCGGCACAAGAGGCGAGCGCAGGCAAUCGAGGUUCUAGAUCGCCUAGAAGGAGGUCCGACACGGCCCAGAUCGAAACUCCCGAGCCCUCAGGCAUUGGCCAAGCAAAACAGUCGGUUCCAUCGCCAAAAGCAGAGUUGCAAGAGGAGAAGCCAGAUGCUUCGCAAAGCGGGGAACGCAAGCCAGCGUCUAUCGCUGCACAUGGCCAAGCAGGUCGCGCCGAUGCAAAGCCGCCAAGUAAUGAAGGAAGUUCUGACUCUGAGACGGAGUCGCUUUCUGCCACAUCAGCUGCAAAUCCGGAGACGGAAGCGCCAGAAGCGCCAGCAGCCGCAGGUCAGGGCGCGACUGCGACCUCCGCACCUGAAGGCACCUCAGAUGACUCUGACUCCGACACCGCCGACAGUCCGGUUCAAGUUAAGGCGCGCCUUCAGAGCGCGGAGGCAGUGGCCGAAGUCAAGGCCAACUUCCACAUGCCCAGGCCGUCAAGGCAACCACCCCCUCCGCCCCCACCACGACGGGUUCAGGUCAAGGCGCCGGACGUCCGGUUGCCGCAGUGGCGCUACCUCGCCCCAGAUGGGCAGGAGCGCUUGGCGAUUCGGUCGGGGCCUGGCUUAGACGCGCCCACCACUGGGGGCUCCCUGGGAUCCGGGGAGGUCUUUACUGUGGUAGAAGAGCGGCCGAACAACGGGGUGCUCUUCCUCAAGUUGGCAAGUGGUGGCUGGGUCUUCGAUCGAAAGCACGCGCGGCAUGGAAGGAAAAGGAGAUCCAAGCCUUUGUGCGUGCCCUACCAGGUGCCGCUGAUCGAGGAUGAAGAUGGGAUCAAGGCCCACAAGGUGCGCAGGCGCGGCAAGGAGGUGAGAACUGUAACCAAGGCGAAGAAACGCAGACGGACUGCGAUGGUGGAUCCUUACAUGACAGCAGAAGCUGGCAACGUCAUUGAGGUGGAUUCGGACGACGCCCGGCCCGAGCGCAGCGCGGCGAAACAGGCAGCCAAGGAGCAGCUGCGGCUUCAGCUUGAGCGGAAGCAGCACGAGGUCCAGGCUUUACGAGCCAGGCUCUCUCAGCUCGACACCCCUCGUGAGGAGCGGCAGAGCCUUCCAGCAAGGCAAGUGCUGCUAGGCCGCAGUGCUGCCGAGGCCGCGCACGAGCAGAUCCUGGACGAGAAGCGCCGGGAGCUGCAGGCGAUGCUGGCCAGGAAGAGGGCCCUGAGCGGGGUGGGAGUGCAGAAGCCGCCCCGAUACGUGGACUGA